AUGAUAAAGACUGCUGAAGCAGGGGAUAGUUUGCCAAGUGAAAAAGGGGUGACAGAGAAAUAUAAGCGUAAAGAUGCUUCGAAUGGGGAUACAACAUUCCCUUCUGAUGUUCAGAAAGUAACCAAAACAAAACCUGCAAGAAAAGUGAAGAAACCUUGUCUUCGUGGACCUUCUCAUGGAAAAGUUUCUCAAAAAAGGAAAGCCAGUCAGCUUAGUAUGAAUGAAUUUGAUUGGACUGAUACGAUCAAAGAAUGUCCAGUAUAUCGUCCAUCUAAGGAAGAGUUUGAGGAUCCCUUGGUUUAUGUGCAGAAAAUUGCUCCUGAAGCAUCAAAAUUUGGCAUUUGUAAGAUUGUCUCUCCUCUGGGAUCUUCUGUUCCAGCUGGUGUAGCGCUGAUGAAAGAGCAAAAACGUUUUAAGUUUACCACUAAGCUGCAACCUCUGCGACUUGCUGAAUGGAAUAACAACGAUAAGAUCACAUUCUUCAUGAGAGGAAGAAAUUAUACUAUCCGGGAUUUUGAGAUAAUGGCAAACAAGGCAACAGCUCGAAAAUACUGUAUAUCUGGAUGCCUUCCUCCUGCAUAUGUGGAAAAGGAGUUCUGGAAAGAAAUGGUACAUGCAAAGAAAGGAAUGGUUGAGUAUGGAAUUAAUAUAGAUGGCAGUGCCUUCUCAAGCACUUCCACUGAUCCUCUUGGAAGUAGCAAAUGGAAUUUCAAGAUACUUCCUCGGCUGCGAAGAUCCGCAUUACGCUUUCUCGUUAACGAAAUACCGGGAGUAACAGAACCCAUGCUGUACAUUGGGAUGCUAUUUAGUAUGUUUGCUUGGCAUGUGGAGGAUCACUAUCUCUAUAGCAUUAACUAUCAUCACUGUGGGGCGGCCAAAAAUUGGUAUGGAGUUCCUGGUCAUGCAGCUCUUCAGUUCGAGAAUUUUAUUCGGCGUCAUGUUUAUAAUGAAGAAAUCCUAUCAAAAAAUGGGGUCGAUGGAGUCUUUAAUAUACUUCAAGAGAAAACAACAAUGGCCUCUCCAAAGAUUCUGCUGCAAUAUGAUGUUCCUGUUUACAAGGCUGUGCAAAUGCCAGGAGAGUUCGUUAUUACCUUCCCCAGAGCAUACCAUUCAGGAUUUAGUCAUGGCUUUAACUGUGGUGAGGCCGUGAAUUUUGCAAUUGGUGAAUGGUUUCUAUUUGGGGCUGCAGCUAGUGAACGUUAUGCUCUUCUUGGGAAGGCGCCAAUUAUUCCUUAUGAAGAGCUCCUAUGUGCAGAAGCGAUGCUUCUCUCGAAGUCUUUAGCUCGCGGACCUUAUUGCGCAGCAGAUUUAAACGAUGUUCAUUGUGUAAUGACUUCAUUUUCAUGCUUAUUGAGAUCAUACCACCAUGCCCGCUGGUGCUUGGAGAAGUUAAAAACUUCUCUUACAAUGUGCUCAAAACCUCACGGGUCAUUUACCUGCAUCCUCUGCAAACGACUCUGUUAUGUAGCAUACAUUGAGUGCAAAUGUUACGCUGGUCCCGUAUGCCUUUUUCAUGAUUAUGAAACUUUUAACUGUCAGUGUGGAUGUAGCUGCAGCCUCUUUGUUACUGAGGACAUUUCAAAAAUGGAAGCUGUUGCACAGAUGUUUGAGGCUGAGGAAGGAAUGCAUUGUGAGGUUGAGCAAAAAAUGAAGUCUGAGCCUUACUUGUGGAUGCAUACCUCAUUUCCGUGCAUACAAGGAAAAUAUAGUCCAUAUUGUGAGAUAAUGCCAAAUAAUACUCAAAACAAUGAGGCCACUGGUAUAAAGAUUUCCAGGAUCAGAAGAGCGUCUGCUCAAGGCAAGCAAUUAGCAAAGGAAGAGGAUAAGAAGAAAAAGUGUUACAGAGAACCAAUCGAGCUUGGAAACAAGAACGUAUCCUGGGAGCGCUAUGCUUUUCAACCUCAAGAAAUUGACACCAUGGAAAAGAAAGUUUCAAAGACAUAGCUCUAGUACUGUUGAUGGCGGAGGCGGACCAUUAUUUUCUAAAUGUAGAAUACAAGCAGAUACAAAGAAGUAGGUGACACCAAAUGAGAGCCAUCAAGUUCCACUAACCUCAAUGUAAAGAUAUCAACCAACGUGCUUUUUAUGUUGGUCUAACCAUGGAAGGCAAAAAUAUUACUUACUAGUAUAUUGUAACUAUAAUUGUUGAUAUGUUGUAGGCAUAACGGAGUUUAAAUUCACUAGUUUAUAUUGUUUUCCAGGCCCAUUCCGUAAAUUUGUUGUUUCUCUUCAGUCCUUUUAGUUAACAUCAUCACUUCAUAGUCAUUAACAGGGGCGGAUCCAAACCCCAUUUGCCGCAAAAUUACACUGUAUUUACAGUGUGAUUUUUUUUUUUUUUGA